UUUUAGGUAUAAUUAUCGAUGAACAAACAUAUUAGUGAACGCUGACGUCAGUAGAACCACCUAUAUAAAACUUGUAACAAUCGAAAAUAUAUCAUAAUUAACGGAAGAGUCUGAUAAAUUUUUAAUAGUCAUUAUCAAAGACGAAAUGUAUGUGAUGAUGAAGUUAGCAGCAAUAUUCGUUGUGCUGCUUCAUGCUGGGGAUCUUAUUUAUGCUUGCAAUCCACUCGCGCCGGAGUCGGCCCAGGUGCCAGCGGUGAAGGAUCUCCAGAUUAUAGCUCACCAGAGAACUGUUUCUGCACCACCCAAACCUUUUCUCAUUGAUCGACUGACUCCAGUUUACUUUCUUAGAGAAAAAGAUUUCUAUAAGAAAACUUUGAGUUAUUUAAGUAGCGUAAAACCGAUAAAUUAUAUGAAGUUUUAUAAAAACGAUGGCGAUAUCGAGCCAUACACCUUGUUCUUGAAAACGAUCGUGAUUGUUGACGAAGAUAUGUAUACUUACCAAUACGGAAACUACAUUUUUGAUCGUAUUAUGUCAUUUAUGUCAAAUGUGGAGUCAUCAGCUAAUAAUGGAACUAUAUUUCCGAAAAUAAAAUUAGUUGUCACUGCCAUCAUCGCAGCAAUAGAACCGCAAGCUUUGCCAUUUUUGGAGCCUUAUAGAAAAACGUUAGAUCUUGAUUCGAAUCCGAACCCGUUGAAUGCUACGCAACAGUGGUUAUCAACUUAUAGUAAAGUAUUAGGAGAUGGUAUGGAUGCUGAUUUUGUACUUGUAAUUUCAGGAGCUGACUACGAAAGUUCAAGAUGGGAAUUGCUUAGUGACUAUGGAACAUUUAGUUGUAAAUCAGAAGAAUCGUCAAAAAAUACUCUACCAGUCGUAAUUGUCGCUGAUAAAGUACCAUUUAACAAUUAUGCUCAGGUUUAUUAUCCAUUCAUGAGAUUGAUUCGACCUCAGUUGAGAAAUUGGCCAUGUGACAAAGCUUUCUUAACGCGUGAAUAUGAACAUGAGAAUUGUUAUCUUUCAGCCGUACAACCAGAUUUCUAUACUACUUUUCCGAGAUGUUUGAUCAGGAAACCAGCAUUUUUAAAUUAAUAUUAUGAAUUUUGUUAAUAAAUAUCGAACGAAGAUGUUCCAUGUAUCAAUACAUCAAUAAAAAAUAUAUACAUUCACGAGCAA